GCCCGUUUUUAGUUUUUUAGCCCAUCAACCAAUGCAAGGUUUUAGUUUGGUAGAACCCUGAAACGUUACGAGUGCAGAACCAACUCAAACCCUAAAAACUCUCCGAUAAGGAAAUGGCCUCCGUCGCCGGAAACACCGCGAGAUCGAUAUUCCGAUCAUCCUCCGCUUGUCGUACUGCAUUCCGAAUCGGUUCGGAAGCUAAAGCGGCUCGUUCUACUUUCCGAAUUCCCUCCAGUAAACCUACAUCGCAAUCCGCAUUCAGGAGUCCUGUUGAAUUGAGCUUCUGUGUGGAAUCAAUGUUGCCGUUUCAUUCGAUAACUGCUUCCGCGUUGAUGACUUCAAAGUUAGUAGUUUCUCAACGCAGCUAUGGUUGGCUUCCUGAAGGUAGCUAAACAUCUGUAGGAUUCCUUGUGUUCUUUCUUCAAUUUAUUUUUCGGGCAAAGAGAAGACUAUUUGAAGAUCAAGAAGCAAGGUUGGGAUGACAUGGAUCUCUUAUGGUGUUCAACUUUAAACAAAAGGAAAAUCUGAUUAAGAAAAAUUGCUAGAUAUCUAUCCCUAAUUAUUUUAUACAUUUAGAGCAAAUUUGUUUGCUCUUGGGUUAGUGAAUAUCAUUAAGCUGGAUUCUCAGUUUAUUGUGUUUUAGGAAAUAAUUAUUUCUGUUUUUACCAAUCAUAUUGUUCCAUAUUUUAUACAUCUUGAAUGUAAUUGUUGACACUUUGAAUAUGAUUUUUAGACUUUUUUUAUCA